CGCUUGGAGAGGAAGUAGAGGGAGCAGAGACCGAGCGCAGCUGAAACUUAAUCUCUCCAGCAGAAGAGGAGAAGGAAUGGGAGGAGUGAGGAAGUGUAAAUAGGAGGGAAAAGGAGACGAGAGUGACAGAGGGAAUCUGUAUUCUUCAGCACUACGAGACCAUUCUUGUUCUUCUGCAGAAUUUGGAAACAUAACCUCCCAGCUGUGACGGAUUUAAAGCUCAAGGCUGAUUCCUGAAAAUCCACGUGGGUUUUUUCUUCUGCAUGGAGGCUGUUAAUCAUCAGGAAGAUGCUGUUGCACGAGACAGCGGAGGAUAAUGUGACGCAAGUGGUGGUUUCGCUGGCUGCGCCAUGAUGACCGGGAGACGAGGUCUGGCGAGCGCGUGUCUGUGUUUCCUCUGUCUGCUCGCCUUGACGCAGAAACUUGCCGCCGGGAACCAGAUCAGAGGCAUCCUCAGGCAGGUCAAGACCCUCAUCAAGAAAGCCCCCAUGAGGCUGUUGGACUGCAGACUGUACACGCCCCACAUCUCAGACUACAAGAAAUGCCCCAGAUCCACAAUGCAGUGUUUUGCAGAUGAAGUCAAAGUCCUCAUUGAAGAGUGGGAAACUCUUCAAGGUGUUCGGUUUUUUCGACUGGACAGGGAGCUGGAAAACCUGGCAAAGAAGCUUAACAAGACGACUCCGGAGUGUCUUCGUUGUGAGCUUCUCCAGGAGGAAAACGCAGAAGAGUUCCUCGGACAUCUUGAAAAAACUCUUCAGAUGAUUUCUAUCUCUGGGAAAUAGUGACUCUUCUAAAGCAGGGGUACCCGGACUUUGCCAUGCCAAGGACUCUCGUAGAGCGUAAGGCUCUGGCAGGGAACCCCUGGGACCACCCUCACCGUGCAAAAUUUCUUGGACAGAAUGAUGGAAAAUAUCAAAAAGUGAAUGUAAAACUUCUUCAUGUGUCCAUGUUUGAAUAACAAGCACUAAACUCGUUUCA